AUGGCGGACACCAAGGACGCUACUUUCUUAUCCGAUUCUCCUGGAUACUCACCGCUCCCCACUGUUGAUCCUGCGGCAUCGAAAGAUGAACUCGAUGAGCAACACGCUCCGAACAAGUGCAAGCGCCACUAUUGCGUAAGGCGCCUUUGGAGGUUCAUCGCCAUUGGUUUCGUCAUCUUUACCAUCGCUAAAGGCAUCAAGUACCUAUGGCGAGGAUGCGGUCAGCACCCCAAAUCUCGUUACAGGGACAACUACAUAAUGCGCAUGUACGACAUUGCUGGCGAUUUUGAUCUCCAUCGUGGUGGUCACCCCAAACCCCACUGCACCAAGUGGAGAAACUCAACUGCGCCGGGCGAGACUACUUACCACCUGAAUGUUUCUACGACUGCAGAAAUCAUCAAGCUUUUGUCUGGCGGUGGUUUCAAGGGCACUGUUGACUACGUUAUCGCCGACAAAGACAUGGGAGACACGAUUGGUGUCAAAAUUGCUCUGAGUGCACCAGCAAAGAUUGAGGAGUCCACUGACUCGACCGUUCACUCAUGGUGGAAGCGUUUAAAGCUCAAAAUUAUAGGCCCUAAAGCCUAUGUGUGCACCAUUCCGACGCCUGAAGGCAAUGUCAAAGGUGUGGUCUUGUCGCGUAAGCGUCCCCGCUUUGGUCACCGCCCUUGGCGCCCGUUGCCAUCAUAUGCUGGCAUGUCCUUCCCUCUUUCCCCGCCGUCUCGUUACCCACCGCCACCUUUAUACCCUGAGGAUCUUCGAGAAGUGUAUGAGGUUACUAGCUGGGUGGAUGGCAAACACCCUCAUCGUCAUCCCACGGCGCCUGUCACUGCCAAGAUCGUUGUCACCUUGCCGCGUAGUCAUCUCGAGCUUGCUUCUUUCUCGAGCGUGUUUCCCCACUUUAGUCAGCAUAUCAAUGGCGCCUUUGAUGAUGUCGUCUUUGGAAAGCUCUUUGUUGUUGGCGUAACAUCUGGACUGCCUAGAGUCAAAGCCGACAUGGCAUCAAUCGUCGCUGGAGGAAACCCGAUUAACGGAACUUAUGUCGUGAAGGACCAAUUGAUGCUGGCUACUGAGGAGGCACCCAUUGUUGUAAAUGUCACCCUUCUCUCGAACGCGACGGUCUACAAGCACACGAGACUGGAUAUAGAAAAUCGGAACGGUUCUGUUGAUGCCGAGGUUCGGCUUGUCGCUGUUGAACCCUCCAAAGACUCAGUCAAUGGCUCAUUCGGUAUCAAUACUUUUAAUUCUCACCGUCCUGUGAGGGUGAAUGUCACCUCCUUCCCUCUCGGCGGUUAUUUGAGAUUUGAUGUCGUGAACCGUUACGGCGAGAUCGUUGCCGCUGUGCCUCCCUCUUACGAAGGCAGGUUCGGUCUUGUUAGCAGGGGCGGUACGUCCAUUGCCAAGUCUGACAAAGAUACAAAAGAUCCCUCCGGCAAAGGGCGAAAGAGGAUGAUGUUUGUUAAGAACAUCGUCGGAAGCAUCAUAAAUGGCUUCGUUGGCUGGGCCGAUGGCCCGGAGGAUGGCGUCACUAUCGGGAAAGUUGAUGCAGAGGAAUUGGAGGUAUGCGGUGAAGGCGAAAAAGGAUGCCGCGUUACCAGACCUCUUCCUAGAAGGGAGGGAGGGGGCGAAUAUUUUGAUGGAUCCGAUCCUCCCACUGAUGACGAGAGCCCCAUGUUUACCGAGUCUAGGAUUGGUCUAGUUUCUACCAAGGGGAUUGUCCUGCUUGAUCUUAACUAA